AUGAAGCUGAUUUCUACUUUACCAAUUGGUGAAUAUAAAGUAAUCAUCAAUCAAUUUUUUAAGUGUAAUCCCUCACAAGAAUAUAAAAUACAACAUAACUUCUACAUAGUUCAUACUAAAAAUACAACGUUAUUCAAAGGAAAUAUUACAUUAUUAAUCCCAUUUGAUGACACCAUGUCAAUGGAAUUUAAUUUGGCUAUGAGAGAUUCAUUUGGAAAAUGGAGAGAUAAUACUUUAGUUCAAAAAUCACCUAAAGCUUGCUCAGUGGUCAAACAGGUCAUUGGGAAUAGUUGGAAUAAUUAUUUGAACAGUUUUGGAAUAAAAAACCACGCUUGUCCUAUAUCUCCAGGCGUUUAUACGUCUGGGAAUGGUAUGGAUACGUCAAUAUUUAAGGACGCUAAUUUUCCUCGACAGUUUAUCUAUGGAACUUACAAACUGCGUUAUUCUUAUAAUCGUAAUAAUGAAAUACUUUCCUGUAAUAAUUAUGUUUUUGAAAUUAAGCGACUUUGA